GCUCCACUCCCAGCAACCUUUCCCUUGUUGGUUUUGUCCACUUCUGCACAAGCUAAAGCUCAUCAUGGCUACAGCAAGCUAUGGGUACUACAGAGGGACUGUAUUUCUGGCCAUGUUUGUGGGCUACACGCUGUACUACUUCAACAGAAAGACGUUCUCCUUCGUCAUGCCUUCUCUGAUGGAGGAAAUCGAGCUGGAUAAAGACGACCUGGGUAUGAUCACCAGCAGUCAGUCUUUGGCCUACGCUAUCAGUAAGUUCAUCAGCGGCGUGCUUUCAGACCAGAUCAGUGCCCGCUGGCUCUUCUCCAUUGGUCUGUUCCUGGUGGGAUGCAUCAACGUGGUCUUCUCUUGGUCCUCAACGGUUGCCGUCUUCUCUGUCCUGUGGUUUAUUAACGGCCUGGGACAAGGUCUGGGCUGGCCCCCCUGUGGCAGGGUGCUCCGUAAGUGGUUUGAGCCUGCUCAGUUCGGGACGUGGUGGUCCGUUCUCUCCUGCAGCAUGAACCUGGCUGGCAGCCUGGGCCCCAUCAUUGCCACGGUGCUGUCUCAGAGCUACAGCUGGAGGACGAUCCUGUCCUUCUCCGGGAUGAUCUGUGUGGCCAUGUCCUUCAUCUGCCUGCUGGUGAUCAAGAAUGAACCAAAGGACGUGGGGCUGCCCAGUGUGGAAACUGCAACCAAGAAAAGCAAAGGAGGCACCGUCAGCAAUGAAAGCACCCUGUCCGAGUUCCUGCUGUCGCCUUAUUUGUGGCUGCUGUCUGUGUCCUACCUGGUGGUGUUCGGGGUGAAGACAGCCUGCACCGACUGGGGCCAGCUGUUUCUCAUCCAAGACAAGGGCCAGUCCACACUGAUGGGUAGCUCCUAUAUGAGCGCCCUUGAGGUUGGAGGUCUGCUGGGAAGUCUGGCAGCAGGUUACCUCUCUGACAGAGCGGUGGCCAGACAAGGAAUGAGACUCUACGGGAACCCCCGUCACUCCAUCCUGAUCUGCAUGAUGGCUGGGAUGUUUGUGUCCAUGUACCUGUUCAGAGUCACCGUCAGCGCAGACAGCUCCAAGGUGUGGAUCCUCAGCUUGGGUGCUGCAUUUGGUUUUAGCUCCUACGGUCCAAUAGCAUUGUUUGGAGUUAUAGCCAACGAAAGCGCUCCCUCCAACUACUGCGGGACAUCGCAUGCCAUUGUUGCCCUGAUGGCGAAUAUUGGUGGCUUCCUCUCGGGAUUACCAUUCAGCACAAUUGCCAAGCACCACAGCUGGGAAAUGGCCUUCUGGGUGGCAGAGAUGGUCUGCUUGGUCACUGCUGUUGGAUACUUCCUGCUACGCAACAUCCGGACCAAGAUGGGACACCUGCCUACGAAGACAGACUAGCACGAUGACUCCUCAAGGCUCUGUGUCCACAGACAUCAGUAUUAUUUUACAGCAUUUCUGCUGUCAGGCCUGCAGAACAUUAACACAAAGCUCAAGUUGAGUCUACUCACCGUC